CUAUGAGAAUGUGACCUCGCUGGCAGGUGCUGGGAUGGUGAGUAAGAACGAGGAGCAGAACCCCCAGCAGGAAGAUGCGGAGCAAGUGAAACCAAAUGGGGGAGUAUCCCAACGAUCCAACGGGAACGUGUCCAGGAGUCACGAGCAGCGAAAAGCCUGGGAGAGGCCGGAGAGCGAACGGGGAAACCAGAAAGGGAAGAACGUGUGUAAACCCACGAAUGGGUGGGGAACUCACCAGGACCUCAAAGAAACGGUAACCCGGCAGAAAAUACUCAGGGGAAAGAGAAAAAAUACAUGCGCGGAGUGCGGGAAACAUUUCAGUUACCACUCAGGCCUUGUUAGACACGAGAUAAUUCACAUGAAAGAGAGACCCUACGAAUGCAGUGACUGCGGGAAAAGUUUCACUCAGCGCUUAAAACUUAUUACGCACCAGAGAAUCCACACAGGGGAGAGACCCUAUGAAUGCCGCAAGUGCGGGAAACGCUUCACUCGACGGUCAAACCUUUUUACGCAUCAGAAAAUCCACACGGGAGAUAGACCCUAUGAAUGCGGGGAGUGUGGGACGAGCUUCACCGACAGCUCGGCCCUUCUGAAACAUCAAAGAAUCCACGUGGGGGAGAGACCCUAUGAAUGCUGCAAGUGCGGGAAAAGCUUCACUCAGCAAGCAAGCCUCAUUACACAUCAGAGGAUCCACACAGGGGAGAGACCCUACGCAUGCUGCGAGUGCGGGAAAAGCUUCACGCGGAGUUCAAACCUUAUCACUCAUCAGAGAAUCCACACAGGGGAGAGACCCUACGAAUGUUGUGAGUGUGGGAAAACCUUCACGGAUAGCUCAGCCCUUCUUAAACACCAAAGAAUCCACACGGGAGAUAGACCCUACGUAUGCGGCGAGUGCGGGAAAAGCUUCACUCGCAGCUCAAACCUCAUUACACAUCACAGAAUCCACACUGGCGAGAGACCCUAUGAAUGUUGCGAGUGUGGGACAAACUUCAUUGACAGCUCAGCCCUUCUUAAACACCAGAGGAUCCACACGGGAGAGAGACCCUAUGAAUGCGGCGAGUGUGGGAAAACCUUCACUCAGAGCUCAAAACUGGUCACACAUCGGCGAACCCACACAGGGGAGAGACCCUAUGAAUGCGGCGAGUGCGGGAAAACCUUUAUUCAGAGCUCAGACCUUAUUAGACAUGAGAGAACCCACACGGGGGAGAGACCCUAUGAAUGCGGCGAGUGCGGGAAAAGCUUCACUCAAAUCUCAAGCCUCAUUACGCACCAGAGGCUCCAUGUGGGGGAGAGACCCUAUGAAUGCAGUGAGUGCGGGAAAAGCUUCACCCAGAGCUCAUACCUUAUCAGACACCAAAGAACCCAAAAGGAGGGCCUUUGGGAAUGCUGUGAGUGUGGAAACCGCUUUACUCAGAGAUCAUAA